CAUCAAUCCGAUUGAUCGAUUGAUUUCUAAUCCGUUCCGUGGUCAAUCCUCUUUCCAUUCGAUACAGUCAAUCCGUAGUGACGUUGAUACAUGCCACAACAACAUUCGGUCGCAUCCUUAGUCAUACGAAUUCCGGGCAGUGCGUCUGAAAUGUCGAGGGUUUUCUCCUGUUUUGUGUGGUGCCGUGUGCCAAUGCUUAUUCCCACCAGAGACGGUCAUCUCCCAUGGCGCCUCCGUUAUCGGCAACCGUGUGUGGUUCAACGACAAUCUCAUGCGGGUAUUCCAUCGGAGCCUUGGACCACAUGCGGAUCGUCCAUCCGGGACCUGGCGUCUCGAUAAUGGCAUGGUAGGGUUGGGUAGUUCCCUCGCAGUGAAGGUCAAAUACCUGACGAAUGGAAUUGGGUCCCUGCAAAACUUCAAUCUUGGACUUCGCUGCUCUCUUGCCGGUGUCCUUCGACCACCACAUGAUUUGAACACUCUCAAUUGAAUCUGAGAUGGGAAACGCCUUGACGGCACCUAGUCCUCCCUCUUGAACGGUUCCCUGCAUGGUAUGCUUCGGGUUCGAAUCCCAGACGUCGUUUUGGAACGCAAUGAGUUGCUUCGUGCGUUCCAUGGAGGGAACCUCGGCUCCGAAAGUGCACGGGAACUCCUGCGAUCCGGUGGUAGAAAUCUUUAGCGCCUUGGGUCCCUUGGGGAAAGCGAGCAUCCCCUUGUAUGGCGUUUGGGAGCCGUCUUCAAGGUUUACAUCCAUGGAGUGCAAGAGACGAACAGGUCCUUCCCAACUGUUUUAUCGAGUCACGUGAGUGAUCGCCCAUCAGUCAUCGACAUAGAUAUCGUUAUCAACGUAGUCAUCGCAAUCAUGGAUUGGAUCGCAGUUGGUGUAGCGGGUCGACAAUGGGAAGAUAUAUCGAAACAAACGUGCGAGAUGGAGUUAGAUGGAAUGUAAAUGGAAUGGACAGAUUAAAAAACCGUGCAUGCAAACGCUGCGGAGACGGCAACAGUCGCUGCGUUUCAUGCGUUAAGAUGAAGCGGGAGCAUUUCUGUUUCUUCUGCCAGCUACAAAGGUCCUCGACAAACCAAGACGAUGUCGCUCCAUCCUGUUUCCACAACGGACAACUGUGUCUCUGCUUCCUUUUCCGCUCGCCACAACACAAAACCAAGCAAAACAAAACAAAUACGCUCAAGGUUUCUGAUAGCUUGACGUGAAGAAGCAACGAACAACGAACAACGAGCAACACGCAACGGUCGACAAUUGACAAUCGACGAGGAACUCUUUGGAUUUGAUUUCCAUGGGGUAUCACGCAAGUUGAGAUUCGCAUUUUUGACGUACAGUUCAACCUUGGCCUUCAGCGGACGUCCGUUCGUUUCCAAGACGUAUUGUAGACGCUCUGUUUCGGUUGGGAUAUCCCAGGUUCGGACUGUGCCACCUCCCUCGAUACGUUUCAUAGGAAUGUCAGAAGAGAACAGCUCGAAUGGCCCACCAGGGCUUCCAAGAGCUGGCGGACUGGAGGGGGACCAGCCCUGACCCACGUUCAGCGCACUGCCAGUCUUCACUUGGGCGGAGGGGGUGAAGGCCGAUGUGGAGGCGACAAGGAGAGAAGCGAUUGCGGCGGAGAACUUCAUCGUGCUUUUGUGGAAGUGCAAUAGUUAGAAUGAUAUAUAAACUUAAACUACCUGUAGACCCUAGUCUUCGUUGUUUGUAGACAAGAGUAUUAUUGCCAGUGUGGCUUCACCGUGAACUUUUGCUCUCGACGUUUUGAAAAUAAGAGGCUAACGACUUU